AUGGAAGCUUUGGUUCAGCUUGUCACCGUGCGAAACCUCCCAUAUAACUGCAAUACCUGGCCUGAGUUUCAUGCUUUGCUCAUGGCAGCGAAUUCCACUGCGGAAGGGCUGAUCAGCACCUCACAUGGCCACAUUCAAAAGCUUUGCAUGAACUCCUAUGCAAUCCAUAAAGAUAUCUUACGAAAACGGCUUCAAUCUUCGCCCUCCAAGCUUCACCUCUCUGCCGACGUAUGGAGCGCGCCGAAUCACAAAGGUUUCCUCGGAAUAUGUGUCCAGUUCAUGCAGGACGACCAAAGAAACCCUUCUCAAGCAUUGCUGGCUUUACCUGAGCUUCCUGGCAUCGAUGGUCCCGGUAGUCACGGUGGAGGUGAACAAUGGAAGCUGCUUCAACCAGUCAUUGAGGACUACGGCAUAUCAAGUCUGCUAGGGUACUUCACAGGAGACAACCACGGUUCCAAUGAUGUGCUUUGCCGCCUGAUGAGCAGCUUUCUAGAGAGUCAAGGCAUCGCAUGGAAUGCAAAGCAUCGACGGAUCCGCUGCCAUGGCCAUGUGGUCAAUCUUUGCGUCCAGGCUUUUCUUUUCAUGGACAACAAAGAGGCCGUACUCGAGGCAUGUAGACAGAUUGAGGAGAUGGAUGAAGCGCCGUGCGACUUGGACAUGAUGCAAGGGUGGAAGAAGCGGAAGGAACGUGGCUGGAGCCAACUUGGUCCGCUCGGCAAGGUGCAUAAUAUUGCGGUUCAUAUCAGAGCCAACGAUUACAGGUACAACACUUUCCGUCAGCGUGCAGGGAAGUUCCUCCUACUGGAUACUGCUCUUGAAAAGGAGGAGCACGUCAAGUGGUAUCAAGACAAAUACUACGAGACACUUGUCAAUGACUAUCUGGCACCUCGAGACUGGCAAGCCCUUCGAGAUAUAAGAAACUUCUUGCAGCCAUUCUGGAGAAUAACACUCCUUACUGAGGGCUAUCGCUCAACACUAGACCGCACGCUCUUCACGAUGGAUGUCCUUCAUAAACACUACCAGCAAGCUUUCGAGAAAUACAAGCUCAAUCAACAACUUCUCGGCCCGGUGCUGACCAGCUGGCACGUUUUCGACAAAUAUUAUCGGCUUUCUGACGAGACCCCGGCAUACGGUGCAGCCCUGAUUCUUCAUCCGUCUCGAGGAAAGGCUCAUAUUGAGAAAAACUGGCCCAAGUCAUGGCAUAAAAGAACCUUCGACGCAGUGAGAAACCUCUGGGAAGAAGAGUACAUGGAUCUGCCGACAAUUUCUGUCACGCCUUCCAAGGUUUCAGUACUGCAACAGGACGAGUACGACUUACUCGCACAGGAACUCGAUGUCAUAGGCAAGGGACCAGACGCAGACGAGUACGAAGCCUUCACAUCGCAGUCGCCUAUUCAGAUUGACGGUUCACCACUUUCCUGGUGGCAUCGUGAUGAACACCGUGAACGUUUCUCGGUUGUCCAAGAUGGCGAUAGACAUACUCUCAAUACCCGCCAUGUCUGCGGACCCAGAGCGCACAUUCUCAGGCGCAAGGCGCACUAUCUCUUGGGAUCGAAUGCUUCUCGGAGCAUCGACAGUCGAGAGAGGAGAGUGCCUGAAAAGCUGGAUCCGCAGCGGCAUCACGGCAGGUGGUCAUACGCUUUGGAGGCCGCCCUCGUGGCGGAGUCGGUUCGAAUCCGGCCGGGGGCACGACCUUUGGGGGGAGGUCGAGACCGGCAGACUAGCCCAUCCUGCCUUACCAAAUGGGGAACACAGUCUCUAGGGACCUGGGUCAUCCCUAGCGGGGGCGCUCCCGUCAUUUUACCGCCGCCUCGAAGCACCCGUGUGGGCGACAUCACACGCAUGCGGACGACCUCGCCCGACGGUCGAAAAAUCCUUGGGCCGCCUGCGCAGCGCGUCAGCCACGCAACCAACACCUCAACAACGCCGCAAACUCUCAACGUCACCGAGUCCAACCCCUACGAUAUACACCAACCACGAUAG